AUGUCCGAGAACGCAGACGGCACCUUCUGGCGUUCAGUAGUAGAUCAGUUACAAAGUUGCGACCAAGAUGAUCCUAUUCAGAAAUGCUUCCAACACGGUGUGGGCAAGAAUGUGAUGGAUCAGGUUGACGAGCUCUUCAGCUUAGCAGACCAAAAACUCCAUACUUUUCCCUUCAAGGAUGUCCAGCCCUGUUGGUUUCGUCUCUACACUGACACCAGUAUCGCCAAAGUGCUGAAAUUGCUUGGCCUAAUCAACCCCCCGGCCCAGAAAGAUUGGAGCCUAUCCAAACCUCUGAAAACUCAUGUCGAUGAGAUUGUGUCCAUAUUAGACAUGUCGUUAAUAAUGGCCGGAGGGUUGGGAAGGGAACAGAUGAUUCACGACAUCUUUGCUAGAUUACAAACUGGAAGUGUAAGUGACGAAGAAGACAAGACACGCCCACGAAAGAGAAGGCGAAUCGACGGUAACUCUGGGUUGGGCGGAUCUCCCGACCAUCUCCCUGCAGCGAACGUCUCCAUGCCUACCAUUGAAUUUCCCAUUGUACAAAUGGAUCGUCCGACCCUCACAAAGUUCUCUCAGCAUAUCCUGCAGAUACGAGAACCUGUGGUCUUGACAAAUACCAUGAAUCACUGGCCAGCUCUCGAGAAAUGGCAGCGUACCUCCUUUUGGCUCGAUGCCACGAUUGGCGGUCGUCGUCUCGUCCCGAUCGAAGUUGGGCGGAGCUACACUGACGACGACUGGAGCCAAAAGAUUGUGCCCUUCGAAGAAUUCUUACGUCUCUACAUACUGCAGUCGGGGGAUAAUGAAGCUUGUGAAGUUAUUGGAGAUGAAUUCCAAACAGGCUAUCUAGCGCAGCACGAUCUUUUUAAACAGAUCCCAGCUCUUCGAAACGACAUUGCAACCCCGGAUUAUUGCUAUCUGGAUGCUCCUCCUGCUGAACCUGACACGCCAGUGGCCUUGAGCAAGGCAAAGGAGCACAGGAAGAAGACAAGUCAUCCCAAGACCACUCAUACUGCCCAGGGUCCGUUCGACAAUGGUUCUGAUGAGCCAGAGCUUGAAAACGAGGUCCAGGCUAAUAUCUGGUUUGGCCCAGCAUGGACGAUCUCACCACUCCAUCACGACCCAUACCAUAAUAUCCUGUGCCAGGUUGUGGGACGAAAACGCGAAGAUGAGCCCGCUCCUCACGUACUCUCUGCUGGAAGAGCAGACGGGGUAAACGGUGCCGUAAAAGACGGAGAGCAGCAGGGUGAAACCAUUGACAUGUCAAACACGUCGCAAAUUGACAUCGCCGCAAUGGAAUUGUCCCCUCUCGAAGACUGGGACGAGGUUUAUCCCGGAAUUAGCAAAGUGCCCUACGUCGAAUUUGCUGGAGCUCUCGACACGACUGACCGACUUCACGGGCGACUUUUCCUGUGCAACGCUCUUGCAGACACAGGCCGAGUUCUUGUUCCCAGUCCCACCCCCGCAUUCUCCAGGAAUACAAGCUCGAAGACUAUCGCUGGUUGGCCGCGAUCCGCCCGAGCGCCCAGCAUGACGGACACCGAGAACGCGGGCACUGCCGCCCGGACCAUGUCCAAGGAUGAAGGCCGUCUGCGCGAACUCGGAUACAAGCAGGAACUAAAGCGUGACUGGUCGAUGAUUCACAACUUUGGUGUCUCGUUCUCUAUUAUUUCUGUCAUUACUGGUAUAACGACGCUGUUCAGCUAUGGGUUGAAUACUGGCGGGCCGGGUGUCAUGUCCUGUGGCUGGCUGGUUGUUUCGUUCUUCACCAUGUUCGUCGGACUCGGCAUGGCUGAAAUUGUUUCUGCGAUACCAAGUGCUGGAGGGCCAUACUUCUGGGCCGCAAUUCUGGCACCCAAGGCAUGGGCUCCGUUCGCGAGUUGGGUUACAGGAUGGUUCAAUCUGCUGGGCCAAGUCGCCGUCACCACAGGCAUCACUUUUGGCUGUGCAGGCCUGAUUUCCACCUUGGCAAGUAUCAACGGUUACGAGCCAACGGCAGGCAGAACUCUGGGCAUCUAUGCGGCGCUUUUGACCUCGCAUGGCAUAGUCAAUUCGUUUGGCGUACACAUUCUGCGGUACUUGAACAACAGCUCCAUCGUUCUGCAUUCUCUGGGAGUUUUCAGUUUCGCCGUGGCGGUUGUGGCUAAGGCUCCUCAUCAUCAGUCUGCCAAAUUUGUGUUUGCCACGUUCUACGAUGGCACUGGUGAUCCAGGCUGGUCCGUCCGGGCAUCUUCAGCCUACGUUGCCUGCAUUGGUAUCCUGAUGUCACAAUAUACCAUUACCGGGUUUGAUGCUAGUGCGCAUCUGUCCGAGGAGACGCAAAAUGCGUCCUGGUCGGCGCCCAUCGGUGUUCUCAUGUCGAUUGGCUGCUCUGCUGUGUUCGGAUGGUUUCUGAUCCUAUGCCUUUUAUUCAGCAUCCAGGAUUUCCAAGCCACCAUCGGCUCGGACUACGGUCAACCGGUUCUGCAGAUCCUGGUCGAUGUCUUUGGCAAGACAAGCGCCAUCGUGCUCUUUGUCCUGAUUAUCGUGUGCGUUUGGCACUGUGGUCUGUUCAGCCUGACCUCCAACUCGCGAAUGAUGUUCAGCUUUGCUCGUGAUGGCGGCAUCCCUCACUUCUUUCAUAAAGUGGAUGCACGAUUCCGCAGUCCCAUCCGUGCUAUCUGGCUGGCUGCGACCCUGGCAUUCCUUCUGGCCAUUCCCAGUCUUGGAUCAUCAGUCGCAUUUGCGGCGGCCACUUCGAUCGCCACCAUUGGCCUCUAUCUAUCGUAUGGGCUUCCUAUCUUGAUCGGCGUGAUCAACCCCCAGGGCUUCAUUCACGGGCCUUUCAAUCUCAAAUGGGCCUCACGACCCGUGGCCCUGAUCGCCUGCUUGUGGAUUGGUUUUAUUACCAUCGUCUUCUGCCUGCCAGAGCUCAAUCCUGUUAAUUCACAGACGCUCAAUUACACUCCGGUCGCGGUGGGGAUCAUCGCGGUAUGGUGUUUGGGCAGUUGGUUCUUGUGGGCUAGAAAGUGGUUCAAAGGACCCAUUCGACAAGUGGAGGCUGAGGUUGCCGGAGUCAAUGUUGAUGAUCCUGAUGCUAUGGACCGAGCUGAGCGAGAAGGGAGGAUUCCUCAACUCGACGACUCUCAAGGUGGCAACGAGAAGAGCCUGCUGGCCACUAUGAAGCAAAAUUACAAUUGA